CGCGAUGGUCAUGUCCACGAAGUUGGAGUGUACAAACCAGAAAGCCUAGCGACUGGAGCGCUGGUCGUUCUAAUUCAUGGAGGGGGCUUUUGCCUUGGACAUUAUUCUCACAUCAGCUUCUAUUCUAGGGCGCUGAUUGCCCUGUACGAUGUGACCGUUGUCAAUAUCGCGUAUCGUUUGGCCCCAGAGUUCCCCUUCCCUACGGCACCACAAGAUGUUUGGGACUCCCUUGGAGCCUUGACGAGCUCAACCGUGGCCGAGGAGCUGGGCCUGGACUUAUCCAGAGGAUUCUUCAUUGGCGGGACCUCUGCAGGCGCAAAUCUUGCCGCCGUUGCGGUUCAGCAGUGGACUACCCAAGAACUGUCGCCACCAAUCCUCGGAGUUUGGCUCGAUAUUCCAAUGAUCUUCGACGCUGCCAUUGUACCCGAAGAGCAAAAGGCUCUCUGGCUUUCCAGGAAACAAAACGCCAACGCCAUGGUCAUCAAUGCCAAGUCCCGGGAGUAUGUCUACAGAGUUUACAAGCCUGACAUCCGAUCGCCCGACUUUUCGCCUUUCAACUCCCCUAAUCCUCAUACAGGCUUUCCCCCAGUUUAUAUCCAGGUCUGCGGCCAGGAUCCCCUACGAGACGAUGGUCUGGUCUACGAAAGAGUACUAAGGGAGCACGGUGUAAAAACUCGACUUGACGCGUAUCCCGGGGUGCCCCAUGGCUCAGCCAACCUUUUUCCAACCUUGACCAGCUCUAAAAAGCAUCAAGUGGACGUUCUUCAGGGCUUUGGCUGGUUGCUUGGUAGGGAGGCUCGAGAUGAAGAA